AAACAAUUUUGAUGAAUAAAGGUUUUUAUGUUUUCAUGUUUAGGUCCAGUGCAUAUAAGUUUAUUCUUGAUUAAUGGCAGGGAGAAAUUAACAUAUACCAACUUUGAGGAAGAUGUGCUCAUAUAUAUUAUUUUUAUAAUUCAGUCAUAUGACGCAUUGUAUUCACAUUCUACAUACAAGGAGAUUGAGAACAAAAUAUGUAACGUAGAUUCAAGUUGCGCAGCUAGAGUGAGGCCAGAGUUCAUACCCCAGUCUCGUGGUCUUUCUGCAGCCUCAGAGUAGAGCAAAGAUACUGGCACUUGAGAAACCAACAUUGAACCACCUCCUCUGAAGCCCAGUGAGUGCCCUUCCUCUAGGCUCUGACCACAGUUGGGCCUCCCUCCCUCAGCCCACAUAACUCAUUGCAUUGUGCUUAUCUGUUCACUAGUCUUUAAAGUAAACUCCAGAAUUGUAAUACCUGUAUCCUCUUCAUCUCUGAACCUCCAGGACUUCAGAAGAAGUGACUGGACAUAGUAGGUGCCUGGGGAAGGUUUUGGAAUGAAUGUUUGAAGACAGCAUCUAGGUGUCCAGCUCCUAGACCUUUUCUUUGAGCGACAGUGGGUCUCAGUCUCAUCUAUUCAAGCUCCUAUUUGGGUUCAUAUUUAUCCCAACCCAACCUUCUUUCCCUGGCCAUGGGUCUCUCUUCAUUAAGACUGAUGUUCCCCCAGCCCACCAAACCUGCAGUCUCCUAGGAUUCUCUGCUUCCCCCUAUUAUUUUCCGCUAGUUUAUCUAAGGUGCUGCUUCAUAGGCUUUCACGGUCCCAUCUGCAGUUCAAGCUGUUUGGCUAUAUCUGCUCAUCAGCCAUCAAUGAGGACUCCAGGAAACCACCGCCCCAAACACCCUCCAGUUAGUCCCCCUACUCCUGGGGGCUGAAGCUCUGUUAGCCCACAAUGGCUAUGUAGCACCCAAAGUUUACCGCAAGGAUGGGAUGAGUGCAUGGUCUGUUACACGGACAAGUACAAGGCUGUAAGGGUGGAAACUUCAAUCCCACUUCUGCUGCUUGCCAGCUGUGGGACACUGCACCGUGAGAAGGCUGUGUGUGAAAGUGAGUCAGUAAAGUGGAGACAGGGAUGAGCUGACCUCUGACUAUCCUCCACUCCACAGCACACUUAGCUAUGUCAGUGAUGUGACACCAACACUAUGUCUUUGAGGAAAAUGGGCCUCCAAAAGAAGGAAAGAUGCUUAUGUUGAUGACAGAAUGGAACAAAAGGUGAAGAUGUGUGAGCAAGUGAUGGCUCUCUGCAAGAAAACAGAUAUGCAUAGGGGAAAUUCUGAACAAUAGUGGAAUUUUUCAAUUUGGUUUUUCCCCCCUUAGGGCAAAUCCCUCACAAAUGUCAAGACACUACUAAAAAUGAACAAUGAAGAAAAGAUAAAGAAUACGAAUGUGUUGACAGCAUUGGAAAGUUUAAUUUCUUCCUUUGUAUUGAAAGAUUAAUUUUCUUAGUGCCAAGAUUGAUGUUUCUCCUCUUUUGCAUGUUUGUCAUUAGUAUUCUGCGUGAAAAGUUAAACAGUUGAAACGGAUAAAGAUUACCUGCCAAUGCUUUCCCCAUGAAUCAGAUUCAAAAUGCAAACUGUGACAUGAGGCCGAGACGUUUAUUUUAUUUAGUAGGGAAUCAGGAGAGGAAAUUGCUCGGUUUCUGCGCUGCAGCCCCAGGCACUGGGAGGUCACACUGGUGUAUCCCUCCCCCUCCUCCCAUCCCUACCCCCACCUCCAGAAUCCUCCCUUUCCUGCUCACUUCUCUCUUUCCCCUUCCCUUUUCCAAGCUGUGCCUGAUAUCAUGAUGAUAUACCACCCCUUCUGCAUGCCCCAAAGCCUCUGUCUAGAACGAGGGUUUGAGCCUUACUCAUUCCAAUCAACUGGAUUUAGCGUCACUCUACUCUGAAGACCAGAGAGAGGUUGGGGUUCAGCUAUCCAGCUCUGUAACUCAAAAGCUGUUUGACCUUCAGCAGGUUGCUAAACCCUUCUGGAUCUAGCUUACUUAUUAUAUAUAACACGCAGCUCUAACUACCUAUUGGCUGAUUCAUUUAGCUAACUGUAACUUGUUCAUGGCUCACCGCUUUCCACCUACCUAGAGUUAAUGUCAGGCAGGGCAUUUCUCUCCAGCUUUUUUAAGGCAACAAGCCUAUUGGGGUGCUAAAACACCUUAAAUGGAGGAGCAGGAGUGGACCAAGGACAGCUUCUGACUCGCAGCAGGUGGAUGCCUAGUGGGAGGCAGGACUACUGUCAUAAAUAUUGUUCUGUCCCCUACAGCAGGAGAAUUUUGAGCAAUAUAAUCCUUUCUGCUUCACACUGUAGCCUUUCUCCUGAAGUUAGUUGACUACUGGGGGCUCUUCUCCUGGCUGGCCUUCUUUCCCUUCUCUCCUGUUCCUUGAAUAUAGAGGGCUGUGUGCUGCAUCUGGAGGGCUGGCAGAGGGAAUGAUGGGAACGUGCAUUGCUUUUUGGCUUGGGGUUCAUCUAUUAAGCAAUUGUGGGAUGCUCCAUCCUUUCAGGCUUUGCAUUGCAGGGGAUAGGCCAACAAGGUUGGCAAAUGCAUCUUUGAAAUGAACAUGUCUCCAUUGUGCCUCAUUUCUGGGAUCAGAAUGCAUUAAGUCCACCCUGGAUUUUGAGAGCCUCACCACUGUGGCCCCUGUUUACUUCUACAAGCCUCUGACUAUAGUCUAAUGCUCCCCCACACACCCCUCCAAGCAGAGGAGUUGCUUCCUACUCCCUCUCAUCCCCCAGUUGUGUUGCUGCUUUCAAGCCUUACUCUGUCACCAUCCCCUUUCUGGAGUGGUCUUGCCACUCUUCUGUACAACUUCCAGUCUUUUAACUCAAUCCAUUAAACUCCCCGUGAUCCACGAUAGUUUCCUAUGGGACUGUGUUAGGUUCUGGAGAUAUGAGGAAGAACUAGACAUGGUCCCUUUCUUCAGUGGACUCACACCUCAGGCUGUAUCUUUUAUAUAUUCUCCCUCUUUGCCUUAGUAGCAAGCACAGGUCUUGACGUCAAGUAGCAUGUGGAAAAUGUGUAUAACUUCUAUUUGGAUGCCACCAUGGACAGCAUCAUUUCAACCCAAAGGCCUUUACACUUGCUGUUUCUGCUGCUUGAGAAAAUCUAUCUUAUCCCCUCAAUAAUUAAGCUUUAUUAGGUCUUAGCUGAUGUGUUACUUCCUUGUGGAAGCCUUUUGCUGGACACUAUAUGGCUCAUUUUUAUAAGAACUCAUGGCUGCUUGUAUUCUUCUGUUAUAGCAUUUAUUACGUUUUUUUGCUGAUUUGCUUGUAUGAUUUGAAUAUUUGAUGCCUUCCUCUCAAGAUUGCAAGCUCUAUGAUCUAAGUUUUUCACCACUCUGCCCAGUGCCUGACACAGUGGCAAGUCUACUAUGUUGCUAUCUGAUUAAUUUGUAUUAAAUAAAUAACUGGUAACUUGAUAGCCCAAAUUUUAUAAUGGUAGCAAAGAGGGAUGAAUUUUCAAGAUAAAUGUCUAAAAAGCUGGAAAAAAACCUUAAAUGGCUGGCUAGUUGGAUGAAUGGAUGAAUCAAUUAAUGGAUGAUUGAAUGAAUUAAUAGUUUAGAAAAUAAAACCAGGUCUUCCCAAGCAGCAACUUCUGGCAAUUGAGAGCCAUUCAGAGAUUUACCAUAUAUCUGUCUUUUCCUCUCCAACCUCUAGCUCAUGUUUUGCCCCACCAAUAUUCUAUUAUCCCCGAAUCCCACAUUCUUAUGUGUCUGCACAUCCAGAGGCAGAACCUGGCGCUUGUGCUACAUGAUACAUGAUGAGUUCAAGUUUUUAGUGUAAGAUUUUCCAUCCACUGGCUUUUAUCCCACCUAUGCUGGGGAGUCUUCCCUGAGCACAGCAAAACUACACAGUUCUGGUGGUAGCACGGCCCAUGGGACAUCUGUGGGCAGGACACCACCAAGGGAAUACAAAGGAGUGAAGAUAUUAGCAUCCAUUUGUCUUAAGGUCAGCAUUUUUUUUCAAGUUUUUUUUUUUUCAUUUCUUUUUUCAAAAACAGUAAACUUUGAUCUUCUGCCUCCAUUCAGUAAGUAUCAAAAGUGGACCCUCGAUACUUCCAUUUUUGAUGUAACACAUAAACUGGAGAUCUGUAGGAGAUAUUCUUUAUUGCUUUUAAAAGGCUUUUACCAAAGAAAAGUAAAAGGUUCUCUUAAUCUGGGAAUGUAGACUUUUCAUGAUCCUGUAUAUAACCCCAGAGGAAUGGGAGGUCACAUCCUGAUGAAUCAGCAUGUUGGUGUUCUCGUUGCCUUUCUUGUUUCAAAUGGGAUGCAUGUACAUUUCCGACAUACCCUCCUGAGAGGCACCACCACAUGCUUGCAGCAUCACUACCCAAGUCCUGGUGGCCAAAGGCAGAGAGGUACAGACAUGAGGCCAGGAUUCGGGAUGUGACCAUAUUAAAUAAGUAUAACCUCCUCCUACAGUCCAAGUAAGUGAGUGAAGUACUGGGCAGGGAAUGGGAACAUGAGGUCCUUGUUCAGCGAAGACCUUAACCACCUGUAUGAGCUCUGGAAAGUCCUUUAAUAUCUGUGUGGUUUCACUAAGGUUAGGAAUAAGAGUGUAUGUAGAUAUGUAUGCAUUCAAAUGUAUGAUAGCUGACUGACAAAAUCUAAUUUCCUUCAGUAAUCUGUUGAAAUCUAUCAGAAACCAAGUCUACAGACAACUGCAACAGAAUGUGCUGCUGUUUUAUGGUUAUUUUACCAAAUUCCCAGGUAGAAUGAGACUAUCUGGGGGUUCCCUAAUAUACUUCAUGGUGCAGGACACAUUGAUAUGGGAUAUAACCUAUUGCUGAACUUGAGCAAAUUUUGAAAUCACAAAUUCUAAGGGCUUCAGGUAAGCCUAAAGGCAUUCCUCCCAGCAGAUGCUUGAAUCUCCUUUCCAGCAUCUGCAACAAGCGUUUUCUACUCCUGCUUACCUACUUCCUAGCAACAGAGAAUACAGUACCCUCCUGAGGAAGUCUACUUGCUUUUUGAAUUGGGACUCAACCUGUGUAUAAGUUUGUGUGAACUGAAUGUGUGUGCAUACACACAAGCAUGUGUGUGAGUGUAAAUGUUGUGUACACACAGCAUGUGCAAUCCAUGAGUUUGUUUCUAGUGUUUGUGUGGCUGAAUCUUCUACUGUUUACCUCUCCAACAUUUUCAAGGAGAAAUAAAACUUUUCUAGGAUUGUCAGAUAUUUUCGAUUCUUGCAGCCUCUCUCCACCAGUACAGUUAAUUGAGGGUUGAUUUUGUUUGCAGAUGUUAUGCAUUAUUCAUCCAGGGUCUCUAUGGACACCUCAUUUCCUGCCUUAGAAAAGAAAUCAACAAACAGAUGGAUGUCAUUGCUGUUGCAGUGCUGCACUGAAAGAUAGAUGGUGGGCUAGAGAACUUGUUCCCUUGUUUGCACAAGGUGCUUUUCUUGCCAGCAAUAAAAGAGCCUCAUUUUCUUGCAGUGACACUUUUUGACCAGCCUUUAGACCCGCUUACUUUCCUCAUUACAUAUAUGUAAGUAGGGCUGUGGUAUAAGCUGAUAUUUAACCACACUAGGGAUGUUGCUCCAAGUCUUCUGCUCACAGUCUUACCCCGCUGGGACCAACCUCACCUAGAAGCAGGGAGGGGCCAGUUGGGCUGUGGACACCUUCUCACCUUUAAUGAGAAUCCACAUCCUCUGGGAGCAAUUUACUAUGGCUAGAGAGCUGACACAACUCAUUGUCUAUGGCUGGGUACUGGAGUCCACCUGGUGAGACCCAGGUGUCAUUUUUUAUAUAUCUGCUCUGAACAUCCUGGCCUGCUCUGCCUCUUCUUGUGCCCCUCACUCCAUUGCUAGCCCCAGGAUCUCCCACAAGCCUGAGUAAAGACAGGUGCAAUAAGACAAUGUCUAGAGGGACAACUUGGCCUCUGCAGACUCCUGUGGAUAUAGAGCCUCAGAGAAUGUUUUGAACUAUGAUCUCAAAACUAUGGUGUGACGUAGUUGUGUAUUCACCAGAUCCUAUGCUUUAGCUCUUCAUGAAAGUCUGUGAUGACUAGGUUGCAGAAAACCGGCUAAAGUACAGAUCACUUAGGGCAACUCCUGGAGACUCCCUUCGGAUGCACAUUGGCCUAUUGGUGAGAAGUAUGAUGUUUUAAGAUAUAUAUGUUCAGCCAACUGUAAAUCUCUCACGGGAACUCUUUUCCACCAAUUCCAUAAUAAUAAUUGCUUCCUUCCUUAGGAAUAUUUGGACAUAUGCCAAUGACAGGAAUGACAAAUGAAUUUCCUCUGGUGUGACAAUACUAACAGAUUAGUCAAUAAGCACAAGCCAUGGAUCGAGACUUCAUAUCAUGGAGUCAUAACCGAGAACAAUGACACAGUCAUUUUGGAUCCACCACUGGUAGCCCUGGAUAAAGAUGCACCGGUUCCUUUUGCAGGGGAAAUCUGUGCAUUCAAGAUCCAUGGCCAGGAGCUGCCCUUUGAGGCUGUGGUGCUCAACAAGACAUCAGGAGAGGGCCGGCUCCGUGCCAAGAGCCCCAUUGACUGUGAGUUGCAGAAGGAGUACACAUUCAUCAUCCAGGCUUAUGACUGUGGUGCUGGGCCCCGCGAGACGGCCUGGAAAAAGUCACACAAGGCCGUGGUCCAUAUCCAGGUGAAGGAUGUCAAUGAGUUUGCUCCCACCUUCAAAGAGCCAGCCUACAAGGCUGUUGUGACGGAGGGCAAGAUCUAUGACAGCAUUCUGCAGGUGGAGGCUGUUGAUGAGGACUGCUCCCCCCAGUACAGCCAGAUCUGCAACUAUGAAAUCGUCACCACAGAUGUGCCUUUUGCUAUCGACAGAAAUGGCAACAUCAGGAACACUGAGAAGCUGAGCUAUGACAAACAACACCAGUAUGAGAUCCUGGUGACCGCCUACGACUGUGGACAGAAGCCCGCUGCUCAGGACACCCUGGUGCAGGUGGAUGUGAAGCCGGUUUGCAAGCCUGGCUGGCAAGACUGGACCAAAAGGAUUGAGUACCAGCCUGGCUCCGGGAGCAUGGCCCUGUUCCCCAGCAUCCACCUGGAGAUGUGCGAUGGAGCCGUGUCUUCCCUCCAGAUCAUCGCAGAGCUGCAGACUAAUUACAUUGGGAAGGGUUGUGACCGGGAGACCUACUCUGAGAAAUCCCUUCAGAAGUUAUGUGGAGCCUCCUCUGGCAUCAUUGACCUCUUGCCAUCCCCUAGUGCUGCCACCAACUGGACUGCAGGACUGCUGGUGGACAGCAGCGAGAUGAUCUUCAAGUUCGAUGGCAGGCAGGGCGCCAAAAUCCCUGAUGGGAUUGUGCCCAAGAACCUGACCGACCAGUUCACCAUCACCAUGUGGAUGAAACACGGCCCCAGCCCUGGUGUGAGAGCCGAGAAGGAAACCAUCCUCUGCAACUCAGACAAAACCGAAAUGAACCGGCAUCACUAUGCCCUGUAUGUGCACAACUGCCGCCUCGUCUUUCUCUUGCGGAAGGACUUCGACCAGGCUGACACCUUUCGCCCCGCGGAGUUCCACUGGAAGCUGGAUCAGAUUUGUGACAAAGAGUGGCACUACUAUGUCAUCAAUGUGGAGUUUCCUGUGGUAACCUUAUACAUGGAUGGAGCAACAUAUGAACCAUACCUGGUGACCAAUGACUGGCCCAUUCAUCCAUCUCACAUUGCCAUGCAACUCACAGUCGGCGCUUGCUGGCAAGGAGGAGAAGUCACCAAACCGCGGUUUGCUCAGUUCUUUCAUGGAAGCCUGGCCAGUCUCACUAUCCGCCCUGGCAAAAUGGAAAGCCAGAAGGUGAUGUCCUGCCUGCAGGCCUGCAAGGAAGGGCUGGAUAUUAAUUCCUUGGAAAGCCUUGGCCAGGGAAUAAAGUAUCACUUCAACCCCUCGCAGUCCAUCCUGGUGAUGGAAGGUGAUGACAUUGGGAACAUUAACCGUGCUCUCCAGAAAGUCUCCUACAUCAACUCCAGGCAGUUCCCGACAGCGGGUGUGCGGCGCCUCAAAGUCUCCUCCAAAGUCCAGUGCUUUGGGGAAGACGUAUGCAUCAGUAUCCCCGAGGUAGACGCCUAUGUGAUGGUCCUGCAGGCCAUCGAGCCCCGGAUCACCCUCCGGGGCACAGACCACUUCUGGAGACCUGCUGCUCAGUUUGAAAGUGCCAGGGGAGUGACCCUCUUUCCCGAUAUCAAGAUUGUGAGCACCUUCGCCAAAACUGAGGCCCCCGGGGAUGUGAAAACCACAGCCCCCAAAUCAGAAGUCUUAGAGGAAAUGCUUCAUAACUUAGAUUUCUGUGAUAUUUUGGUAAUUGGAGGGGACUUGGACCCAAGGCAGGAGUGCUUAGAGCUCAACCACAGUGAGCUCCACCAACGACACCUGGACGCCACUAAUUCUACUGCAGGCUACUCCAUCUACGGUGUGGGCUCCAUGAGCCGUUAUGAGCAGGUGCUACAUCACAUCCGCUACCGCAACUGGCGUCCAGCUUCCCUUGAGGCCCGGCGUUUCCGGAUUAAGUGCUCAGAACUCAAUGGGCGCUACACUAGCAAUGAGUUCAACUUGGAGGUCAGCGUCCUCCAUGAAGACAGAGUCUCAGACAAGGAGCAUGUCAACCACCUGAUUGUGCAGCCUCCCUUCCUCCAGUCUGUCCAUCAUCCUGAGUCCCGGAGUAGCAUCCGGCGCAGUUCAGUGGUCCCAAGCAUUGCCACGGUGGUCAUCAUCAUCUCCGUGUGCAUGCUUGUGUUUGUCGUGGCCAUGGGUGUGUACCGGGUCCGGAUCGCCCACCAGCACUUCAUCCAGGAAACUGAGGCUGCCAAGGAAUCUGAGAUGGACUGGGACGAUUCUGCGCUGACUAUCACAGUCAACCCCAUGGAGAAGCAUGAAGGACCAGGGCACGGGGAAGAUGAGACUGAGGGAGAAGAGGAGGAAGAAGCAGAGGAAGACAUGAGCUCCAGCAGUGGCUCUGAUGACAGCGAAGAGGAGGAGGAGGAGGAAGGGAUGGGCAGAGGCAGACAUGGGCAGAAUGGAGCCAGGCAAGCCCAGCUGGAGUGGGACGACUCCACCCUCCCCUACUAGUGCCCAGAGGUCUGCUGCCCGGCCCACAUGUCCCUUUUGUAAACCCUAACCCAAUGUAUGCCUACGUCUAUCAUACCUCACCUCUGAUGUCUGUGACACGUCUGGGAAGGCCUUCUCCAGCUUCCUGGAGCCCACCCUUUAAGCCUUGGGGACUCCCUGUGUCUCAUCCAUGGGGAAGUUCCAAGAAGCCCAGCAUGGCCAUCAGUGGGGACUUCAGGGUAUACUUUGUCCUGUAGCCCCCACUUCUGCCCUAAGCUCCCCAGCAUCCUGUCUACCUGUCUGCGGAGUCUGCCUUUGCUUUUUCCUGCAGGGAAGAAGGUCCACCUUUGUGUCACUCACCUCCCCAGGCUCAGAGUCCCCAAGGCCCUGGGGUUCCAACUCACUGUGCGUCUCCUCCACACAGACCAGCAGGUCCUCCUAUGCUGACUCCAGGUUGCUUCACACAGGGAGGGUGGUUGGAGCUUCACACACCUAAGGUCUUAGUGCUUAACAGUUUAAAGGAAAGUCCCUGUUGAGGCAGAACUAAGUUCACAGGGAAAGGUACACACAUUCUCUCUCUCUCUGUCUAUCUAUCUAGUUCCCCAGCUUGGAGAGCCUUUCCCUUUGCUUCUUUCUGAGGCCACAUAAGCUUAGAAGAAAAGUCCUAAACCAAGAAUAGGUCCUUGGCCACAAACAGGGCCUGAUCCCCCAUCAGAGCUAUCUGAGCCUGCCUGCCUGGGCACCUGCUGCAACCAUGCAGCUGCCCUGCCAGGGGCGCUCACCACACAGAACCGCAGGGCCCAGGAGGCAUUCCACACAGGCACUGCCCCAGGCGAUAGCCACAAGAAGCCUAGAGCCAGGAAGCAGAAGGAAAUGCUAACGAGAUCACACACAGGCUUCAUGGUGGGUGCGGUGGGUGUGGCUGGGCUCUCCCAGGACAGAGGGGACCCUGAGGUUGGCAAGGCUCUCCCCACUCAGCCUCAUGGUCCCUUAUCUCCUAUUUUACACUAUUUUCCCUCUUGAGAAAAUACGUGCUUUCCGGAUGUAUUAGAAAUGCAUGAGCUCCACCGAGUCUACAAUGAAAGUUUGAAAUUUAACUGCAAGGAAUUAGAAGCAUAUUUGCAAUCAUUGCAGCUUC